AUGAGUAUUUUAGAAUAUAAGAGUUUUGCUCAUCAUUUAGUGGGCAUGCAUACACAUUUACAUGCACCAGAUUGGCGGACAUUGGGUGGCGGUCAUGCAGCUGCUCUAGGACGACCAGGAUUUACUCACGGAGCGCCUUUCUUUCAUCAUCAACCAACUGCCUUUCCUGCACAUAUGGGCUCAUUAGAGAGGCCAGGUUUAGGUAGAUUAGGGGAUACUCAAAACUUAAAUCAUUUGACUCAGUUAACAGUGCAUGGUACGCCACACAGCACCACAAGCCCAGAAGGAUCUCCAACAACUACAACAGCAGGUUUGCCGCAAGCAUCUUUAACAACUUCCCCGCCUUUGACAACAACCACAAGUGAGAAUGAUAAUAAUAUAGAUGCUGGAUUUGAAAGUGACAGUAUUUCUGUGACAGGGUCACCUCGAAAAACUUCGUCCAUACAUGAUGAAGAUGAUCAGCGUAGUACCUCACCACUGGCAUCGAAUACGGGAAGUGGUGGAGCGUUUACUUCGUUAAUACAACGAAGUCCAACCUUAAGGAAAAAUGAAUUGUUUUCAGGUUUCGCUUCAAAUUUUACACCCACACACAAUUUUAAUCCAGCACUGGCAGCUCAAUUAUUUUUACAAAAUCCCUUACUACCACAACCUAGUCAGUGGUUGUAUACUCAGUUGUAUAGCAAUUAUCAGGAGUUCCCAUGGUUUAGAAAUAGCACCUCCGCACAAGCAAAUCAAGCAAAUGUUUUAACGCCCUCUGUAGAAUCAAGUACAGCUGCAGCACCUUUGCUUCCCUCUUCACUAGCAACUGAUUCCAGUCAGGGUGUUAAUUUAAUUAAAAGAUGUGUCACUUUAAUCUCACAUUCUGAAGCUGAUAACUCGAAAUUGACUUCCUCCAGCACCCCGCCACCGGUAACAUCAACACGUAGAUCACCUUCGCCUGUCGAAACCAUUGAUUUGGAUGAUGUUAGUACUACCUCUAGAUCAGCGAGUAGUACUUAUGGUCCCAUACGCAGCCGUACUCCCAAACCUUCAGAUGUUUGGCGACCCUACUAGCAACUGCGUAAAGCCAUUGGACAGGCUUUGGGUUUGAGUAUAUCUGAAACAAAUACAGAAUUUAAGGAAUCUGAUGAAGAGGAUUUUAAUGUAGUGUAAAUGCAAAGCGGGAAUACGAUUUCCCAGUGAUAAAGGGUGGUUAUAUCUUUUAUGAGUCUAUUUUAAACUUUUGUAACUUUCUAGUCAAUUGAUAAAAUAUGAAAGUUAUUUAAUAUUUCCAAUUGUUAUUUUUUCAUAUAAUACACCUACCAAAUUUUAGGGCUAAAAUUAAAUUGUUGUGAAUAAUUUUUCCAUAUCUGUAAUAAAAUAAAUUUUAGUAAAAUGCAUAUUGAUAACAAACAUCAUCUGUAAAGGCUUUUUCUAUUAUUUUCUACAUACAUUUCAGUAAUUAUUAAAUAAAGUAAUAAGUUUUAUUAUAAAACAUAAAAAACAUAUCGAAUUUAAACCAAAAAUUUUGAAUACAAUUUUGCAA